AUGUACCCUCACGCAGGUGCUUCGAUCCCUAUGGCACCUCCCCAAAAGCCUGAAACCUUUAUGCUCUCAACCGAAGCCCAGCGCAGCCUACCGCAUGACGCACAAGUCGCUCUUCAGCAAGUGGAUAAUUUGAAAUAUUUCCUUUUGUCAGCUCCCGUUGAUUGGCAAGCCGAUCAACUCAUUCGACGCUUUUUGCUUCCCACGGGCGAUUAUGUCUCUUGUGUCUACUGGAGCGGCCUUUUCCACAUCUCCGGUACCGAUAUUGUCCGAUGUCUCGCAUUUCGAUUCCAGGCCUUUGGACGUCCGGUGAAGAACUCCAAAAAGUUCGAGGAGGGCAUUUUCUCGGAUUUGCGCAAUCUCAAGGCCGGCGUAGACGCAGUUCUGGAGGACCCAAAGAGUCCAUUCCUGGACUUUUUGUACAAAAACAACUGCAUUCGGACGCAAAAGAAGCAAAAGGUGUUUUAUUGGUACGGUGUGCCACACGACCGGCUAUUCCUCGAUGCAUUGGAACGGGAUUUGAAGCGCGAGAAGAUGAACCAGGAGGCCACCACGGUCGCAGUCAGCGAGCCGGCCAUGUCCUUUGAAUUCGACUCAUCCCAGUCUCUGUACGAGCAAUUGACCAAGUCACAACAAGUGAAUUUGAACUCGUUCGCUGCCCACGCAAGUACGACAUAUGGCCAGCCCAACUCCCCCGUGGUUCGGACCGUUGACGCAAUGCCUCCUCCGCAGAUGGCUCCCCCAGCGAUCCCUCUGCUCCAGGACGAAUCUGGGAAUCCGAUGUACAGCAACCCACAGAUGCCCCUUUCGAACAAUCUAGUCCAGAGCAUCAUUAAACGUGAGCAGGACUACGGCCCAAUUCAGUACGAUCGCAACGGAAUGCCCAUCCCCCGCCCGCACCAGCGCCAUUCCUCUAUGCCGACUUUCUACGAGUACUCGCCCGCGCCAUCCUUUGUAUCUUCGCAAUACGAGGACUACAGCAACCGUGGUCUGUCCUUUGAACCCGUUACGCCGCCACAGCAUUCCGUCGGCCUCGGAGCGGAACCAGCCUACAUCGCCAACGAAGACACAGGACUUUACACCGCGAUUCCGGAUAUCUCUAGUGCACCCGCCUAUCACUCCAUGAUGCAGCUGCCUCCUUCAAACUUGGCUAGUGCUCACUAUCAGCCUGCGCCUCGCUCUUUCUCGGCGAACCCAUAUCCCGUCAUCGAGGGAUCCCCGACUUACAAGCAGCGCAGACGUAGAUCUUCCAUCCCGCCCAACACCGGGACCGUUGCACCCAGUGGCCCAGUCCAUGUCCAAUCUACGACUCCAGGAGUCCAGUCAGUAUCGUACGCUGCUCACCGACCAAGUGAUCUGCGGCGUUCGGUUUCUAGCUCAGUGGCUCCAGUCCCAGAAGGGGAUGAAUCCACUCAAGAUCUCGCGCGCACUUACCCAAGUGCGAUGCUGCCACAAAAGGAUCUUCUUCGCGAAAUGUCCCGACAUGGCACCCCGCUGCAUAACCUAGACCACCACACUGGACAACAUACAGGCUCAUUGGCAAAUCACUCUGAUGAUUUGACAUCUCUCCCAACCAGUGGUGCCUUUGAUGCUGCAGUUCAAAAUCCUACUGGUCGGUCGGAGCGUUCGGCGCCAGGUCCUACUCGGAGAGCCAGGAGUGCAACCAUGAUGGAGUUGGGACCGUAUCCAAACAAGGCCCACUCUUGCCCAAUCCCGUCAUGUGGCAGAACAUUCAAGAGAUUAGAACACCUCAAAAGACACGUGAGAACACACACACAAGAGCGUCCAUACCCCUGUCCUUACUGCAGCAAAGCUUUCUCGCGGUCCGAUAACCUUGCACAGCACCGUCGGAUUCAUGAAGCGCAGCAGGAUGGUCAGUCAAUCGUUCCAACCGAAGAAGACCUGGAAAAUGAUGAGAAUGAAUUCGGAUCCCCUAGGGAGGAACUGUCCCCAGCGGAGCCCGCCCACACAAUGAUGAAUAUGCCCAAUAUGACGUCGAUGGCAGCCCCCAUGAGCAUGCCGUCUGCCCUGACGGGUAUGGCUACUCCGCACAUGAUCGCUCCGCAGCUUCUCCAGCAGCAAAUGUGA